AUGGGGCUGCUCCUGCGACAUCCUUUUCCCUCUCGCCCCUCCUCUUUCUCCUUCUCCUUCUUCCCUUCUUACUCUCUUCUUUUCUUCCUGCUUUCUCUUCUUUCCACGGUUCAGGUUGUGGACUCGACUGUAUUGCCGUCGAAUAGAUCUGUGGACCAGGAUCCUACCAUCGCCCGCAUACGAUUCAACCUUGAGGGCUCGCAAGUGGACCUCCCUCGGGACUUGGACCUCAGCAUUGCCCCGUUUGUCCAGUCGCCUGUCAGCUUUGGAGAACGUCAGACUUGGUCUAAUAACGCCAACCGGACUGGGACUUUGGUGCAGGUGGGACCGAGCAAUUCGCUGUCGCUUCAGAGUAGUGAUAUAGCCUUCAUCUCCUGCGACCCUGCCGCCUAUACAGGAAACUUGGAUGCGGAUGCGACUCUGAGCAACGUCUUGAUCAGGGGACCGGAGGCCGUCCUGCUGUAUAGCACUUCUGCGUCACACUGCAACUAUACGAAUGACCAGAGCGACUACCGAUUCGUCUUUACGUUACUGAACUCGGAGACUGCCAGAGAAGUUGAAAGACAACUCGCAUCAGGAAACCAAACCGGAUCAACAUCUAUUGUGGGCGACAUGUCGACGUUCGGCCCGGCAAGUAUACCUAGCGAUAAUGGUGGCGGAGGAGGGGGCGACAGCCCUAACACAGCAGCUAUGAUCAUCCUUUACAGCAUUACUGGUAUCAUCACAGCGUUGUUUCUCUCCAUCAUCAUCACGGGUGCAAUUCGUGCCCACCGUCAUCCAGAACGAUACGGUCCACGGCAACGACCAGGGCGCCCGCGUCAAAGUCGCGCAAGAGGGAUAGCAAGGGCGAUGCUGGAGACGAUUCCGAUCGUCAAGUUUGGCGACAACGCUGAUGGCAAGCUCGAGUCCGACAAGGGAGACGUGGAGAUGUCUGUUGAUUCGGAGACGAACUCGCAGUUGCGUGAGGACACCCACCAGCCAAUGGCUACCGGUGGCACAACGUCGCCAACACCCGACGAGACGCCACGGAAUGCUGCCACGUCUUCACCUGAUGCAAAUGCAGAACAGCGACGAACUGGUACGACCGAGACCGAGACGCCUACAGAGCAUCCCAACUUCUCCUGCCCAAUCUGCACAGACGACUUCGUCAAGGGCCAAGACCUGCGUGUCCUCCCUUGCAACCACCAAUUCCACCCUGAGUGUAUCGAUCCAUGGCUGGUAAAUGUGUCAGGAACCUGUCCUCUUUGCCGCAUCGACCUCAACCCGCCCAAACGCGAAGGCGAAACCGAAGGCCAAGAAGGCGAAGCCCAACCCCAAGGACACGACGAAACCACCAACAGCCCACCCGUAGAAGAAAUACCCACCCACCGCCACCGACUAAGCAGCUACCUCACCAGCACGCUGAACGCCCGCCGCAUGCGCGACGCCAGCGUCGAAGAACGCCUCGCAGCCCUCCGCAGCGUCCGCGAAGAAGCAAACCGUGACGCAGCCAACGACGACGAGAACGAGCAACGAAGUCGUCGGAAUCGGCUAACCGCUCGAUUUAGGGAGCGGUUCCGCAUCCGCACACGGGCGCAUGGCGAGGACGCGACGAACCUGAAUGCGGGCGCGGCUACCCCUACGUCGACAUAA